UCGCCUGCUCAGGUCGUCGGCCACUAAGUUGCCGCAAGAUAAAAUAGCACGCGGGAGCACGAAAGAAGGAAACACUUCACUGACCAAGUAUACGACGUUUUCUAACGACUCUGUAAUAGCCACAUACAAACUCUUUAUAUCGAGACGGAAAUGGCGCUGCUUAAGAACAAGUACAUGCCUCUGAGCGAGGCCGACGUGUCGCCCGAGCGUGUGGCGGCCUACGACGGCCAGCACAUCACACUGUCGUCGUCUCCGAGCGCCGCGGCCUUCGUUAUGGGCAACUACCUGGGCGGAGGCAUCGCCGGCGUCGUGUACGAAGCCUUCGACCAGCGUAUGAAGCGACCGGUCGCCGUCAAGAUCCUCAACCCUGUGGGCUACAAACUCACGAGCCCUGGCGCUCUACGACGCGCCGAGAUCGUCAAGAAAGGAGUGCCUAUCGUAGGCAACGUGCGCGGUAUGACGCUGGACAACGUAUACUGGGUACAUCUCCCCAGACGGCGGGAGUUGCUGGCUUGUUACGUGACUGGAGGCGGCUCGGCUCCCCCUGUACUGCGAGAACUCACUCUGGAGAUGUGUGUGAGUCUGUGGCUCUUGGAUCACCACGACGAGGAGCUACGCGACCAGCCGCAGACUCAGCGUAGGAGACGACCUAGAAGUGCAGACCGGAUGACGGCCAGUUUGUCCUGCGAAGACCCAGUACAGGAGCCUUCGCGCAGGAAUCUAGCGGCGGCAUCGGCGGCCUCUGCGGCUUCUGCUGCAGUCAUGCAGCUGGAACAGGUGGAAGAAGAAGAGGAGGCCAGAGAGGACGGAGAGGAGGUCGUUGUCGUAAACGACGUGGCUUACGUCAUCCCAAAUCUCCCGGCCAAGUACCGGGCGUUCCUACAGGCCAGGAAGACCAUCUACCGCGAGAUCGCACACAUGCACAAACUCACAGGCAACAGCGUCAGUGGCGAGCGGAUCGGUAGUGGCCACGAAAAUGUUCUACAACUGUACGACGUUCUGGAACUCGUGCAACCGUCCAAGUCGACGAUCUUUUUAGUGCUGGAACUCGCAUACGGCGGGGAACUAUUCGACCGUAUUCGUGGGGACUCUGGCGUAGAGGAAGAUGUGGCCAGAACGUACUUUACGCAGCUACUGGCGGGUGUGCGCUACUGCCACCAAUUGGGGAUUGUGCAUCGCGACCUGAAACCUGAGAAUCUGCUCUUAAGCGACUCCGAUGUGCUCAAAAUUGCGGAUUUCGGGCUCUCGGCACACUUUAUCGCCGCUGUAAGCAGUGGAGCCAGUGCCGAUGAGCACGAUAAUAACGGAGAGAGCGGCAUCACGAACCUCAUGGCGCCGUCACGCUUCCGACGACUGAACUCGAUCGUCGGAUCUCCACACUAUGUGGCGCCUGAGGUUCUACAGAACGCCAGAUAUGGCUACGACGGUCGCAAAGCGGACAUGUGGAGCAGUGGCGUCAUCUUGUAUGGUCUUCUGGUGGGCACACUUCCUUUCGGACGAGAACUAGCGACAUGUCCGCGGUAUCUCAAGUUUGGAGAGUGGCUGCGAUCUCUGCCCUGUGACCCACACACUGGCAAGCUCUUGUUCGAUGCAAAUUUGUUCGAGACGGGCAGCUCCAGUGCAUCAGUGCAACAGCCAGAGAUGCCGAGUUUCCACGCGACGCCUCCGAUGCUGGGACUAAUGCUUAACAGCUCCACUAUGCUCUGGAGUCAGAACCAAGCUGCCGGAUCGUGCUCUCCAUCUGCGAGUGGUAACAGUCCGUUCGCGUCUGACGCUAAUUUGCUCAAAUCCGGAGCUGCCGGAGCAGGUGGCGUCCAAUCGCGUCGCUCCGUGGCGUUUCCGACGUGGUUCUUCCCGGCAAUAUUAUCACCACAUGCUGUAUUCCUGCUGGCGUCUCUGCUACAUCCCGACCCCAGCAAGCGGAUCUCGUGUGAGGAAGCCUGCAAGUCGAGCUGGGUGCUCGACGCGUAG